AAAACCCCUGAAAAUGCUUCAAUAUCUCCUGCUGAUCAUCCUCGCCGUUGCAACAACACCUACUGUCCGUUCCCUCGCCAAUCCUCUUCCCCAGCAACAUCGUCGAGAUGACACCACCUUCCCGUGUCCGGCUGUUGAUCAAUGGGUCAAAGUCAACACGUACUGGAUCAGAACCAGUACCAGUACCGGAUGCAUGGCUCUCGAAUUGAACACCAGCAACAUCUACGCCCUCAACGCCCUUCCGAAGCCGGUUUACACAAGCAAAUUAUACCCAAACCUUGUCUGCAGUCUCUGCACCAACGAGUGCGACUGGACUUAUAGCCCCUUGGACCCUGUGGGAUCUGGCGGCCCAGCCCCAGAAUCGAAUGUCAACAAUGCAGAAGCUUGACUGGGAUAUCCUGUACACGGCAACGCAACAGAAUUGUGAAAGGCUGCGAAGGACCAGAUUGGGAGGAAAAUUGCAUUCACUGCCAUGAUCAUGGAGAAGAUGCGGACACAUUACCAACAGCUGCAGUCAAAUGACUCUUGGUGGGGUAAACCAACGUUGAGCAGCGCAACAGCAACAUAGAACAUGUUUAUCGGAAUACCGUUGAAUCUUGCUGCUGGAGAAUAUGAAAUCAGAGGCACGAGGUAUUAAAUUAGGCGCUCUGACGGGAAAGGCAACGGUUCACACUCGUUGUCGUAGUUGAAGCAAGGAUCGUGAAGAGAAGUCAGAGACCUAAUGAGGAUUUGGCCAGCAU